UCCCAUUUGCAAUUUCGCCAAAUGAAAUAAAAUGUAAUUAAACGGGAAUCUGUCGACGUUGUGCGGUAGCAGCUGGAUUCUUCAUGAAGUUGUGAAUCCGAUCUGAACUGAAACCAUGCUGAAAUGGCUUUCUGGUGAGGAGGGAGAGCCUGGCUCUGUGGGCCCAGGCUCUCCCCACGCUGCUGCUGCUGCUGCUGCUGCUGGAGGGGCCGCUGUGGAAGAGAUGGCAGAGCGGCUAACCCAAACUGAGCUGCUUGUCACUCAGCUAAAGGACAUGAUCCGGGAGAAGGAUGCAGCACUUCGGGCCAAAGAUGACCAACUUAAGGUGGAGAAGGAGACGUGCGAGACCAAAUUGUCAAAGCUACGUCUGCAGAACAAAGCCAAGGUGACCUCCCUCACUACACAGCUGGAGGAGCUGAAGAAACAACAGGGGGGUCAGGGCACGCCAACACACAGCAAAAAGGGGUCAUCAGAGGGAGGAGGAGAGCAAGCUAGUCGGGGCAAGAUUGUCUUGCUCAAGAAGAAAGUUGAGGAACUAGAACAGCAGCUGGCACAAAGACAGGGGGAACUUGAAAACAAGAGGCAGGAGGUGGAGUCACUGCGGCAGCGGGGUGAGGAAAUGGAUUUCAUGCUGACAGAAAGGGACAGGAAGCUGGCAGAAAAAGAGGCGUAUAUUGUUCACCUGCAGACAGCGCUGGCAGGAGAUCAGCCCAUCACAGCUGCAGCACAACAAAAGGUGGAAGAGGACAGUGGAGCCAUGCAGGAUCUGCAGCUGCUGGUGCAGAGCCUGAACAGGAAGGUAGGAGAAGCAGAUGAGCGCUACAGUUUGCUGCAGGAGCAGAUGGACAGCCUCAAAGAGCUGCUGGCCACAGAGAAGGAGCAGUACACGCAGAAGGAGAGCAUGUACAAACAGAACAUCCAGACAUUUAAAGACAUUAUAAUUCAGAAAGAUAACCAGCUGUUGGAGAUCAACCAGAUGCACGAACAGGAGCUCUUCAAGCUGGCUGCAAAGUCUGAUGCCAGUGCCGACUUGGAGCAGCUUUUGAAGGCUCUGAAACAGAAGCUUCAUGAGAAGGAGGAGGUGCUGCUGGGUAAAACGCAGGUCAUUGAUGUUCUGCAGGGAGAGGUGGAUGGCAGGGACCAUCAGAUAAAGGAGCUCACAGAGCGACUGCGUCGGCUCCACGUAGAACGAGAGAGCCUAGAAUCCAAGAUGGAGGCAGAGAAGCAUGUGAUGCGAGCACAAAUCCGCGACCUGAUGGAAAAACAGCAGGCGGAGGUUAAGCGAAUGACUGAGCAGCAUGAGACGCAGAUGGCCCAAAUGCAGCAGGAUCUCCUGGGGCAGCUGGAGCAGCUGAGGAGGGCCUCAGUCGCAACACCACCUACCAGUCAGGAGGUCUCAGGAAGUGGAAGCACACCUGCAGAUUCAGCCUCCAUCCAAAGGAUAGCUGAGCUGGAAGCCCAAGCAAAGCAAAAAACAGAAGAAGCCAGUAGAUCAGAGGCCAAAUUUCUGAAAAUGAAAGCCUGGUCCAAAUCUCGGAUCAGACAGUUGGAGGAGGAAUUGAAGAAAAGCCAGGGUGGAGCUGCCCCCCCAGACCUGACUGCCCUGCGGAGUCAUAUCACAGCACUGGAGGAAGAGAGGGAGGAAAACCUCUGGAAAGUGGAGCAAUAUGAGGAGCUCAAAGCAAAGAAUGAAAUGCUGGAGGCGAAGCUGGUGGUGUACGAGGAGCAACAGAGGACCCUCCAAGCAGACCUGGAGCAGUUCACCAAGAGGGCUGCCUCUCAGGCAAGUGAGUCGGGCAGUGCUGAUGACACUCAGAGCCAGGUACUGGAGUGGCAGGAGAUGGUUGCUGAGGCUGUCAGCGCCAGGGACCGGGCCAAGGAGGAGAAAGCCGCCAUGGCCCUCCGCAUCAGCCACAUGGAGGAGGAAAGAGAGGCACUGGCCACUCGGCAGCAGGAGUUGGAGGAGGAGCUGGCUCAAUCUCGGGGGCUCGGCCAACAAAGGGCCAAGAAGCUGGCAGCUCCGGCGCAGAGAAGCCUGCAGGAGGACUUUGAAUUUGACAGUCAGGCGUCAUUCCAGGACCCACGGAGCGCCUCUGAGAGCACGACCCCGAUGGAGGGAGAGAACAUGGGAGGUUGGUGGCCCGAGUACAGUACUCCUGAUACAGACGGUUUGCGGUCUGUUGUGGAGGAGCUGGAGCUGGAGAGGAACCAACUGCAGGAGCAGAUCCUGAGCCUGGAGGAGCGCUGUCAGGAUCUGGAGGAUCGGCUGCAGCUGCAGGCCCGCAUAGAGGCAUUGCAGAAUGAGUCAGAGAAACUCCAGAGCCAACUCGCCAGCGUCCGAAGUCAACAGAGUAGAGAUGCAGAGAAGCAUCAGCUGCUGGUCAGCAGUCUCAAUGAACAGCUCAAAGGACUGAGUAACACACAGGAGUGCUUGGAAAGCUCCCUCAUCGAGAAGGAGAACACGUUGGCCAAGACGUCUGAGAAACUUGAGCUCAUCAACAGCCUCCGAGAAUCUUUGAGUGAAAAAGAAAUUCAGUACAAAGAAGCGUCUGAUAAGCUCCUUCAGACUGAACAUACUCUAGAGACUGUUUCCAAGAAAUGCAGCAGCUCAGAGAAACAGUGCUCUGAGUUGAAAACAGAAGUUGUAGACCUCACGCAGAAGCUGAAUUUGCUGAAGGACAAGACCCAAAAACAGGAAGUCACCAUAGAAACAUUACAAACGGAGCUCGAUCAGACAAACGAGGAGCUGGACAAACUCAAUUCCGCCCACUUAGAAGAACGAGCCCAACUCAUUCAUGACCUCCAAAGCUGUGAGCGGGAAAUUGAUAGACUCAAAGAUGUCCUGUUGGAAAAGGAGGAGGAAAUUUCAACCCUGUCUGGUAACAUGUCUGAGUAUGCAGAACAGAUCACAGUGCUGAAGCAGGAGAUCAAACUCAAAGAAGAGAACCUGGUUCAGGUAGAAAAUGCACUGAGUAAGGCAGAGCGGGAGGCCAAGGUUAUCAGAGACUCAAAGACUUCAGACCAGCAAGCCCUGGAUAGGAAGAUCACGGAGCUGGUGGAAAAACUCAAGGAUACUGAGAUAGAGUUGGGUAAAGCCAAAGAGGAAAGAGAGUCUAACGUUUCUGAGGUGGAACAUCUAAUAAAGCAGACUGAGGAGGACAAGAAAACCAUUCAGGAGCUUCGGGGGGAGACCCAGAAACAGAUUGUGAACCAUCGUAAUCAUCUCUCUGAAUGUGAAACACACAUCACCUCACUGAAGGAACAGCUGACGUUAUCCACACAAAAGCUGCAGGAGUCAGAAGGACUUCUUUCGCAGCUCAAGGACAAAAAUACCAGCAAUGAACAGCUACAGCAACAGCUCAGUGACAAAGAGCAGACAUAUGAAAAAGAACUGAAAUCUUUCAAGGAUGAGCAGAACAAACUCUUGGCACAGGUGGAAAAGUAUAAUAAUGAAAUGCAGAAUUUGUCCAAACAGCUAGAGAAGCAAGUACAGAGUGAGGAGCUCAUCAAAAAGGAGAUACAAGAAAAACUGGAAACCAUAGCAUCACUGGAAAACCAACUAAAGGCAACUAAUAAGCAGGCAGAGGAUGAGAGGCAGAAAUUCAACACUGAAUUGCAAGUCAGGGAUUCAGAAAAUGAGAAACUAAGCAAUGAACUUCAAAGCAAAUCUGAAAAUAUCUCCAAACUCAAGAACCUAUUGAAAAGCAUGAAGACAGAGAAAAAACAGCUGCAGGACAAACACAAAGAGUUGACCGAGGAGCUCGAGCUACAGAAGCAGAGUGAUCAUCAACUUAGUGAAAAGGUCGCAUCUGCUCUUGAACUCAACCGCAGUCUGGAGAAUCAAGUCGAUGGCCUUACAAAAGAGAAAGAGAGGCUUGAACAGAAAUUAACUGAAAACGCAAAAGCGAUUUCAGAAGUUACAGUUGAAAAAGAUGCUUUGCAAGGCAAAAUAUCCAUAUUGGAAACGCAGAAUUCACAAAACAGCAGCAUAAUUGAAGUGCUACAAAAAGAUAAAGAGGAUUUGAGUCUUCGAACUAAGGAGUUAAAUAAAGUUCUUGAGCAAAGCACACACUCAAACUCAGAGAUUCUGCUGGCUAAAACAAAUGAAUGUAGUAAUCUGAGCCAGUUACUCAGACAGAGGGAGGAGAAUGUGACACAGCUGCAGGAACAAGUGCAAUCCUUGACCUCUAAAGUUGACCAGCUCAAGCAGGAUGUGGCGGAGAAAGAUCAGACAGUCAGUGAUCAUCGAGUGCAGAUAGAGGCCCAAGAAAACCAGCUAACACAGCUUGAGGAAACUCUGUCUCUGCUGCGAGAACAGGAAUGCAGUCUGAAGUCUGGCCUGAUGGAGAAGGAUAAAAUGUUAAAAGAGAAGCAGGAGGAGUACCACAGUUUGCAGAAUGACAUUAAACAUCAGAAAAAUAUUAUAUCCCAGCUACAAACAGAAGCUGAAUCACUCAAUGAAGAAAGCUCACAACUACGGCAGCAAAUUGAGGAGAAAGAAGAAAGGUUAAAAAAUGUGACCCAACAGUGUCAAAAACACAAAGAAGAACUGAAUGAAACAAACAAGACUGUUAAGACUUUGAGUGAGCAAGUGCGUGUUAUGGAAGAAAAUACCAGAAAGCUCCAGUCUGAAGCUGAUCUGAAGCAAAUGGAGCUGGCUAGCUUAAACAGCCACAUUCAGGCAAUGACUGAGGAAAACCAGCAACUCCGUGCUGCUUGCGAAUCCAGCCAAAAGGAGUUUGCUCUGCAAACACGGGUUCUUUCUGACCUUGAUGGACAGCUUAAAGCAACUCAUGAACAGAACUCCAGUUUCAGCAUGAAGAUUAGCAGUCUAACAGAAAACAAUCAGAGACUAGAAGAGGAGUUAUCAGAAAACAUCAGAUCAGUUUUGGAACUAACCACUGAGAGGAGUUUACUCCAAGAACAAAAAAUUGGUCUUGAAAUGAACAUCUCAGAGAAUCAGAAAAUAAUUGAUGCCCUGUUGAAAGAAAAUGAGAAGUUCAUCAUUGCAGAAGAUGAAUUAAAAAAGACCCUCAAGGAAAGCGAACAGUCAAACUCUAAAGGUUUGCUUGAGAAAAUAACUGAAUGUGCUAAUCUGUCAAAAAUGUUAAAAGAGAGAGAAGAACAACUUCAAAGUCUACAAGAGCAAGUUGAUGGCCUCAAAAACCAAGUUAAUCAACUUAACACAUCAUUGAAUGAGAAAGAGCAAGCAGCAUUGCAACAGAGUUCACAGUUGGAAGCUCAGCAGAACCAACUGUUGCAACUUCAGGAUACUGUAUCAAUGCUUCAGGAACAAGGAGUCGUCCUCAAGUCAGGGCUGAUGGAGAAAGACAUGAUGUUUCAGCAGAAAGCAGAGGAGUGUAGUGGUUAUCAGGAUGAAAUCGAGCAACAGAAAGCACUCAUGUCACAGGUGCAGGGUGAGAUAGAGUUACUCAGGAAAGAGUGCCUGGAGACGAAACAGCAGAUGGAGCAAAAAGAACAGACACUGAAAGAAGUUACUAAUGAGUUUCUAAACCACAAAGAGGAGCUGAAUAAACGAAACGAGUCAGUAAUCUCACUCAGCAGUCAGCUUGGUGCCAUGAACAAGAAUGCUGCAGAGAUGGAGGUAGAAAUUAGCAAUCUAAAGAGCGCUGUGGAGAAAUUGACUGCAGAAAAUUGCCAGUUGACACAAAAGGAGGACCAGAUGAAGGUAGAGAUCACUGAUUUUAGUGAUAACAUUCAAGCGCUAAAUGAGCAGAAUACAAGAUUAAAAUCUGAACUUCAGAAAACAGUGACAAAGCUGUCCAAAGCACAUGAAGAGGUCACACAUCUCAAGGCAGCAACAGCUGAUGGGGACAGCAAACUCCAAACUGCAGUCUCAGAGAAGGAGAGGCUUAAUUUGACUGUGCAAGGAAAAGAUGAGUCUCUGAAACAGCAGGAAAAUUUGAUCCAGCAACUCAACACAAAGAUUGGUGAGCAGGAGGAGCAGCUGAAACAGAAAACAGAUGACAACGAUAGUUUGAGUGCAAAAGUUUCAGAGCUUGAAGAUUCUGUUUGUAAACUUAGAGGACAAGUUGACAGUCUUUCUUCAGAGUCAUCCAUACUGAAAAGUACUUUGGAGAAAAGGGAAAAGUCUAGUCUUGAAUAUCAAAGUCAUUCGGCAGCUGCUGUUGAAAGUCUCAGUUCAAAUCUACAAGCCAAAGAAGCAGAAUGUGAGAGCUUGAAAGAACAAACUUCACACCUUGAAGAAUCUCUCACAAAGCUUAACAGUACCCUCAAAGCUCAGAUGUCUGAAGUGGAAUGUCUGAAAAAGGCCUCGCAAGAAAAAGAGGCAGCUCUUUUGGACCAAUCACAGUCUCUCCAGGAUAUUCAGAGAAGAGCAGAUGAGGCGUUGCUCUUCAAAUCACAGUUCACAGAAAGCACAGAGUUGGUGUCACAGCUACAGAGUCAAAUGCAGUUACUGUCCACUGAGUGUGGAAACCUCAAACAGUCAGCAGAGGAAACACAACAUGCCUUUAACAACCUACAAGAGAAAUAUGCAGCUAACUUAGAGGAGCUACAAGAUGUGGGACAGCAACUGUCCAAAAGAACUGAUGAAGUGUCCAACCUUCAGAAGUCACUGGAUGAUACCAAUAACCAACAUCAGACAGCAAAGACCACAAUAGAAACACUAAAAAAUGAGUUAUCUGUAAUUCAUCACAAACUUGAGAAUGCAGAAGACCUGAACUCCAGUCUGUCAAAGGAAAAGGACGAAGCUUUUGCUUCUCAUCAGGCAAGUGUGUCACUGCUGAAGGUUGAAAUAGAAAGACUCAAAUCACAACAUCUUCAAGUUGUGGCACAGAUGAAUGCACUGACAGAAAACCUUGAGCAGAGAGAAAUGGCUCUCCAUGCAAUUAACAGUCAGUACACAUCCCAGGCCAAACACACAUCCCAGCUGGUUUCAGAAAUGCAGAAAUUAGAGCAGCAAAAUAAGAGACUAAAUGAGGAGAUUAGUUUGUCAAAGGAAGAGCACCAGAAGCUUCUUACUGCUGUCAGGAAUGAAAACACUCAUCUGCAGGAGGAAGUUAGAAAACAACUUGCAGAGAGGGAAGAGCUGGAAAGGAGACAUCAUCAAAUGUGGGCAUCGCAGGGGGACCUGCAGGUUCAAAUGGAGCAGCAGUCCAGCAGCAUGAACGAAAUAAUGGAGAAAAUGAAGUUGGAGAAGGAGAGCCUUCAAGCAAAGGAGGCGAGGCAGAAUAUGGAUGAAGUACAGCAAACUGAAAUGAAGAUGCAAACUUACAGACUGCCACCUAAAGAAAUAAGGAGCGACAAGGAAGAAACAACCGAUGUGAGGUCUGACACAGGGAGGAAGGACACACUGCCCGUCACCGAAGCAGUAGUUUUGGCAGAUCAGAGUGGAAGAGACGAGGUUUUGAGUCGAUUGGAUGCAGAGAGGGUCCAGCUUCACGGAGACCUGCAGCGCUGCAUGUAUGAGAUCCAACAACGAGACCAGUACUUCCAACAGCUCAACCUCAAGCUGCAGCAGGCAGUGGAGGAGAAAGGUGCUGUUGCAGCUCAGCUGAGGGCCGUUUCUCUAACCUUAAGGGACACCCAGAAUCGCUGCCAUUGGCUGGAAAACCAAGUCCAAGGCCAGGCUCAGGGGUCAGUGAAUGCUGAGGUUGCACCUGGAGCCCCCCAGGAGAGGAGCAACAACUCCAUGAGUGCUGAAACUGCAGAGGCAGCUCAGCUCAGAGAAAGGCUGCUUGAGUUGGAGCAGAGUCUGACAGAUGAGAGAGCGAGAAGAGAGACAGCUGAGGAAGCUCUGCGUCUUGCUGAGGACAGAGCAAAGAGUGUUGGUUCCAGUCUGUCCAGAGACAGCCAGAGGGACUUCAGUAUUGAGAUGGAAACAGAGGAGGAGUGGGAAGCUCUCAGUCUCAACCCAAAUCAGCCUCUAAUAACACAAAAGGUGAAAGGUGGCAUGGUGGCGUGUCGACAGUGGCUCAGAGGGAGGAGCCUCUACUUCUCCAGGCUGCUGACGAGCCGUGCCCGCUCCCGAUAUUUCUUUCUUGCCUACCUGCUCACAAUCCAUGUGCUCGUCCUCAUGUGCCUCACUGGUGCGCUGUAGCCAGGUCCCACUGGAAAAUCACACGCUGACUCAACGUUAAACCUGAAAGCUCAAGUGUGUUUUUGUUUUGUUUUGUUUUUUAAUGUAUAUGGCAUUUUUAUAUAUAUAUAUAUAUCCUCUCUGCAUUGUAUAGCAUGAGGCUCUCCAUACUCAAGUCACGUCACACCUGUCCUCAUGAAUGUUGUCAGGAAAGUAAAAAU